GGAAAACUCCAAAAACGGAUGAAUGAGGAUAGGAGGAACAAAACAAAUGAUAAAGGUGGACGAAUGAUAGUUUAGUUGUAGAAGUAUUUAUUACUUUAAUCGAUAGUUGGAAAAUCGAGUUUUUGAAGAAUGAACGGGAUGGAAGUAACGAAAGAAUUAAAAUGCGACAUCGAAUUAAACCAGGUUCAAUUGAAAACCGCAAUUUGUAACCAUCAGAAUUGCCUGGCUAAGUUGGAAUUAGAUCCUUAUAAUGUGGAUUUACAAAAAGAAGUCAACAAAGCCGAAGAAGACAUUAUUGGAAUCGGCCUUGAGCAGAAAAACCUAUUGGAACGGCUCAGAGACGAAUACAAAGCCUACCAGAAAUCCAUAAAAAGCAAUUUAAUCAAAAAUGGGCUAGAGGAGAAAAGAUUCAAUCUCACGAACGCUUUGGGUCGUGCCAGAAAGCAGAACAUAGUCGUACGAUCAGCCUCAGCCACAUCCUUCUCCGAUGAUUCUACGGAAAAUCUCUCCGCGCACUCGUCCCCCGAACACCCCGCCGUCAAUCCCAUCGACCCCCAAGACAUCUCCCAACUGGAAUUCCUCAACUACUUCUGCCUGGCCACUCACGAGGCCUACAAGGAGAUGCAGAACAAACGAGCCGAGCGAAAACGCCGAAGCACCGCCAACCCUCAUUUCUUAUAUGGAAACAAAGGUUGGGAUAUUUUGACCAACAAUAAACGUAAACGCAACGCUUUCUUGAUAUCGCCCACGUCGCCUCCUCAUACGCGCCAAUCGGUGAAGAAGAAACAGGAGCGCACCUCUCCUUUGCCGACGACUUCGGUUGUGCUAAAGAGCCCCAGGUCGGACCAAAGCGGCAACAACGCGGCGCUCAACAAGCUGUCGUUCGGCUCGUUCCCGGUGAUUCCGAAUCUUCCCAGCGGGCUCAUCAUCGAACGGGUCAGCCCGUCGGAUAGUUCGAGUUCGGAUAACAAGGCUUGCGUGAUGUGCAAGCAAUCGGGUUCUCUUGCAACUUGUGAAGUGUGCACCAGCAGUUUUCACAUAAGUUGCCACAACCGUCCCUUGAUCCAAACUCCUCGGCAAUGCCCGAAAUGCAUUGGCAAAGAGACGAGAACUAUCGGUUCGUUGAACGUGCCUUCUGGAAUGACCGUGUCCUACAUAACUUCGGCGGAACUCUCAGAAAAAUUGAACGAAAAGAAAGUUCUGGAGGAGAAGAAGCAGUCGUUGACGGCCGAAUUGACUCAGCUGCAAGACAAACACUCGCAACUCACCAUAUCUCUGAAGGAUCAAAAGAGCCAGCAAGACGAGCUCCUGAUGUCCCAGCAUACCACCGAGGAUAAGAUUAAUGAAAUAUUGAAGUUUAUUGAGAAAAUUAAGAAUCCAAUUUGUAUUGAUAUCGAUAAUGCUGGAUCGCUUAAAGCGUCUUCUAAGUAAUUCAUUAUGUUUUAUUAUUUUGUCACGUAAUAAAUUGUUCCAUUAUUUACAUGUUAUUUAUAUUGAGACUGAUCGUAUUGUUAAAAUUCUUUUUUAUAAAAUAAAAUAUUUUUGUAAGUAAU